CCAAGACCCUAGAGAGAUUUGGUCCGUUCUCGUGUUGACCCUAUAAAAGAUGCCACAAAUUUGUCACCAGCAGACAGAAGUCAAACAACUGCAAUGGGUGACAGAGGUGCAAGAAUUUGGAGCCGGAAAUUCAUAUUGAUUCUUUUACUAAGUGGAGUUCUUGGUAAACCUGACUCAGAGGAUAUAACUCAUCCACCACCAGGCGGAGCAGCUGCAGCAGCAGAAACGAAAAUUGAAUCUAGAGAUCUCCUGGAUGUUGUGGUCGAUGAAGAGGAUCUGGAUGGUAGAAGUGCCUAUGUGAAUAAUCAAUUUAUUCCCAAUGAUCCUGUUGAACUGGGCGAUGAUGAGCAGAAUGCUCCACUCUAUGAGAUCCUACAGAAACAAAUGGAACAAGUUUUGGCCUCAACAGGACCCGAUGUUCCCAUCUAUGAGCAAAAAAACGAUGAGGCCAAACCACCAAGAGCUGCAAGUGGAGGAGCAGCCCAACAAUUGCCCACUAGACCGCCAUUAUUUAGCCAACAGAUACAAAAUGAUGCUGAAUUGGAUGAUGACUACGACGAUGAGCAGGAUGCGGCAGAUCAAAUUUAUGGUGAUGCCGAGAAACCAGAUCCAGCAAGCACAUCUGAUGAGGAAGACCAAGAGUCACCUCAAGCCGAAACAGGCUAUCAAUCAGCACCACAACUAAGCAAACCAUCAUCAUCAUUAUCAUCAUCGUUUGGAGGCAAACCUUCCAGUACACGUCGCCCACAUAGAAGACGCACCACAACAACAACAACGACCACCAGCACCACAACCACAAUUCAACCAAGAACCACACGUUAUCGCAACUCUGGCCAAACAAAAAUAACGACCACUUCACCAGCAACAGCAUCACUCAAUCAAACUAGCCUCAAUCCUUUCAAUAGUACAACUAAACCAAGGCCUAAUACCAAGCCCAGUCAAUCGCAAACGAAUAACUUGAAUGCUCUGCCUCAUGAUCCUCAAAUCUAUCAGCACAAGCGACGCAUUGUCUUCAAGACAAUUUCCACUGGGUCUCAGUUUGUGACGUCACCCAUUGGUGAUCUGAUGAUCAAGUUCUCCAUAGGAUUUGCCAAGCCACAAUCCUCCCAGGGUCUAACACCGCCAACUACCGAAGCAUUGCGAACCCUUUCGAAUAACUUAUUACGUAAUAUUGAAUUGCAAAAAUUGAAAAGAUCCAAUAAAGUGCAAAGGCAUUAAGUUAUGUCGAACUAUAUAAAUAAAGUUAA